GACCAUGAAAUAGGAAGGCAAUUCACUUAUAGCUCAGUAGCGGAAUCAGUAUUUUUCCGGACCGCUAACGUAACAUUUUCUUUGGGUUUCACGUCUGACGGAGCUAUUCCGUAGUCGUGAAAUAGCCGGCACCGGAAGUGAAGCAGCCGUCUUAGUCAGAAUGCGGAAGUGAGCGUGCAUAUAACGCAUUGAGGUGUCUACGGUGUGGAGUGAGUGCUGCAGGUCACAAUACUGUACAUGUAGAAAUGGCAAGUGGGAGAGAAAAGGAAGGCUGCCCGGACUUGGAGGAUGCGCCAGCGUCGUAUAAAUCUGGUGUGUGGGAACAUUUUGGAUUUCAUGUUACCUAUGAUGACAGCGGAAAUAAAACAAUAGAUAGAACUGCGACUGUAUGCAAGUAUUGUGCAACACGCAUCCAAUAUGCUAAUGGAAACACUUCGAAUAUGUCAUUUCAUCUGAGAAGACAUCACCCCAAUGUGUCUGUAGACAGCGUAAGGAGGAGAGCGCCAGUAAGGAAACAACUAUUACUCUCUGCAACAUUUAAGCAGCCUCUCAGUGAUAAGCCGGACAGGGCAAUAGCCAUAACUAAAGCAUUGGGGAUGUUUAUAGCAAAAGAUAUGCAGCCGUACAGCGUGAUUGAGGGUGAAGGAUUUCGUCAGCUGAUGAAAGUACUUGAGCCGCGGUAUAAUAUUCCCUCCCGCUGACACUUCGGCACCACUGUAAUUCCAAAACUGUAUGACGAGACACGAGAAGAAAUUGUCAAAGAAUUGUCCGACACAGCCCACGUAGCUCUCACUACAGAUGGAUGGACCUCCAGGGCCACUGAAAGUUACCUCACGGUGACCGCUCACUACAUUACUUCGGAGUGGGAAAUGAGAAGCUAUGUUUUGCAAACACGCCUCAUUUACGAAAGUCAUACCAGUGAGCAUCUCUCUGAAAUGCUGAUAGACACGGUGGCGGAAUGGAAACUGGAGAGGGCCAACAGCAUAAUUCCUGUUACUACAGAUAAUGCUAAAAAUAUAGUCAAUGCUAUCGAUUUAGCAGCGGGACUUGGGCCACAGAUUGGGUGCUUCGCGCACACAGUUAACCUUGCAGCCAAGAGUGCAAUUUCACUAAACCAAGUAUCCCGACUCCUGGGGAGGGUUAGGAAGGUGGUUAACUUCUUUCACCGAAGCACAACAGCUGCCCAUGUCCUGAAAACCAAACAGGAUAUGCUGGAAUUGCCUGUUCACAAACUAAUACACGACGUAACAACUCGUUGGAACUCCACCUAUGACAUGUUAGAACGUUAUGUGGAGCAACAGGCUGCCAUCUAUUCUGCCCUGAUGGACAAGGAUAUGAAAAAGAAAGUCAAGGACAUUGCCCUGUUAACUGACAGUGAAACAAAACUGGCAGAGGAGCUCAUUAAUAUUCUCAAACCUCUGAAGAAUGUAACCACCCUCAUGAGCACAGAAACAUCCCCCUCAGUUUCAAUGAUUAUCCCACUGCAGAAGAUGAUACUGAAAUCCAUGUCAUCAAGUGCAGAGGACAGUACCACCAUCAAAGAAGCUAAGGCAGCCAUCACUAAAGACCUUAAAGGCAGAUACAAUGACCCUAGUGUUCAGGAUUAUCUACACAGAGCCACAGCACUGGAUCCAAGGUUCAAGUUUCUGCCUUACCUGGAAGAAGCCUGUGUUCAGAAAAUCUACGAUGAUCUCACCACAGACAUUAUGGACAUUGAAAAGCAGGCUCAACACAGUGAAGCCCAAGCGGCCUCAGGAGCGGAGCCAGGGCCAUCAGAGACCUCUCCCCCCCAGAAAAAAUCUGCCAUGGCAACGGUAUUUGCGGAUUUUUUUACAACAGAGGAAAGAAGCACAAAGCCUUUGUCAGACAUCAUUGGUGAAGAGGUCACCUCAUACAAAGCCACAGGCUGCAUCUCUGUGGAUGAAAACCCACUAGCAUGGUGGAAGAGCAAUGAGCAUAAGUACCCUCACAUUGCUAAGUUGGCACAACAUAACCUCGCUGUCCCAGGUACAUCUGUGCCAAGUGAGCGUGUUUUUUCAAUGGCAGGGGACAUAGUCACUGCAAGUAGGUCUCGCCUCUUGCCAGAAAAUGUGGACAAACUGAUAUUCUUGCAGAAGAAUAUGAAAAUAAAGUGAACAGAGGAGUGUUGUUUUUAAACAGUGCAGUGUGUUUGAUUUUUAUGCAACAUUUUAUACUGAUAGCCUGCAUUUUUGUUUAAUAUUUAAAAUAUUAGUGGCACUUUAGGUUUAGAUAAGAACUCUAGCCAUACGUUUCCAAAUACUGCACUUUAAUUUCAAGUGAAAAAAUGU